GCUUCAGGCAGGAGGUCAUCACAAACAUGGCGUGGAGGGGAUGUGUAACGAAAUGGGCCAAAACAGAGUUCACCAGAUGUACAAACACUACUUUACGGAGCUGCAGACUCAACCCCCACAACCAACAGAGGUGCGGUUUCCGUCGGGAAGCCAAAAGGUCAGACACAAAGAAAGGAAAUGUCACCCAAGAAACAAAAGCCUCACCCUCUGAGGCUGGCACACCAGGUCCCCCACCUCCACCCCCACAUCGACCUCCUCCCAAAGCCCCCAGGCCAACACUUUUCAAACCGCUGAUGUUCACAGUGGGGUUUACAGGCUGCUCCUUUGGCGCCGCAGCCAUUCUGCAAUAUGAGAGCCUGAAGUCACGAGUUCAGACUGCAAGAGAUGAAGAGGAGUCGGAAAAGCUGUUACAGGGGUCUAAAGACAUGGCGUACUGGCAUGACUGGUGGAACCAGCUGUCAAGCUUCCAGCGACAGGUCAUCCUCCUCAUGUCCACGGUGGAUGACUUCUGGAGCAGCCUCACAGAGGGACAAAGGACUGUCACCGGCAUCAUCGCAGUGAAUGCUGUCGUCCUGUGCUGCUGGCGGAUCCCCUCAAUGCAGAGAAGCAUGAUUAAGUACUUCACAUCCAACCCAGCCUCCAAAACACGGUGCCUUCCCAUGGUUCUGUCCUCCUUCAGCCACUACUCCAUUAUCCACAUGGUGGCGAACAUGUAUGUCCUGUGGACAUUCUCGUCAGGAAUCGUCUCUCUCUUGGGGAGGGAGCAGUUUCUUGCAGUCUAUCUGUCUGCUGGUGUGAUUUCCACUAUGGUCAGCUACAUGUGUAAAACUGCCACUGGGCGACUUCAUCCAUCAUUAGGAGCGUCAGGUGCCGUCAUGGCGGUGCUGGCCGCAGUCUGUGCGAAGGUGCCAGAGGCCAAACUUGGCAUAAUCUUCCUCCCCAUGAUCACCUUCACAGCAGGAACUGCUCUGAAAGCGCUCGUUGCCGUAGAUACAGCAGGACUCAUACUGGGAUGGCGGCUGUUUGACCACGCGGCUCACCUUGGAGGAGCUCUCUUUGGAGUAUGGUAUGUAGCAUAUGGUCACAAACUGAUAUGGAGGAAGAGGGAGCCUCUUGUGAAGAUGUGGCAUGACAUGCGUUCGCCAGGUGGACCAGGUGGACCAGGUGGAUCCAAGCCAGGAGGUGGCCCUGGGGUCAGUGGUGGCAAUGGUGGACCUGGACCACAUUAAGACUCAUUAAGACACAUUAAAGUCUCUCAGACCACUCUUGAAAGAAUUGGAGUCCAAAGUUACCCCAGAAUAUGCAAGGACGAGUGGGGCGGGUUUUUAUUGUUUAUUAAUAAAUAUAGUUUUUCAUUCAGGGUUGGUAUUGAGCAUAAGUUAAUUUAAUGGUAUGCAGACCUGAAUUUUGAAAAACCAGUCAGACCUCACACCUGGUGUUGUGAUCCAGAUGUUUACUGUGAAGACUGAUGAGAUCUGCUGCCCUACAAGUAACUCCCACAAGCUACACAAUGAAAUAUCGCUCUCCUACCUCUUAUUAAUCUUAAGAUGUUUCGUCUUCAGCCGUCAUGUUGGCUUAUUCCUGUUCAUAUUAUUGAAAGCAACUGUGGAAGACUGGGCAGAGAUUGGAUAUAUUGCUGAACUUUAUGUAACUGUGGGAUCGACUUUUGUUGCUAUUAAAACUGGAGUUUUAACAAUCAAUUAUUUAUGCAUUUAUAUUUUUGUUCAGUGAGAGAUGGAUAUGUCCAUAUUGAAACAAGAACUUACCUCAUGAGUUUCGUCAACCUUUUUCUACACACUGGUGACACUGUUUAUGUCAGAUAGAAGAAGCAUCAGUGUGUCUAUAACUCUGCUGGGAAGCUCUGAAAACUAAAGACGGCACUUGCACCACCUGCUCAUGGAUUUGGCACCAUCAUUUGAUUCUUCAGUCAAUCAGUAUAUCUCAGGAUCUGCACAUCUCUUCACCUGUUUCUGGACUUAACUCUUAUUAAAGGGAGACUUUGAAGAUUUUCAACAUGCUUUGUAUCAUAACAAUGUGACUAUUACAAGUCACGUCAAACUUCCCUCCAUCUUGUCAGAGCCCAGAUCUCACCAGUAACUUGCCAGUGAAAUGAGUCAUCCAGCAGAAAUUAACUGGCUCUUGGGCUGUUGCUCAAACUAGAUUGUACUUUGUCGUUUCUGAACGCCAGCAAAACCAGGAAGUGUGUCAGGUGUCGAAGGCAAUGUUUGUUGUGGCCAAACAGUGGAAUUACAGCCAUCAUGUGAUGCCCUGUGGCCCAAGGCUCACAGCCUGGGUGCAAUGACUCAUUUCGCUAUCAGAAUAUGAUCAGUCUAGAAGCGCCGCACAAUUGAGUCUCUAGUGCAGUGGUUCUCAACUGGUGGGUCAUGGGUUCAUUCUGAAUGGUUUGUAAGUCACUUGUGAAUGUGUCAAGUUUGUAAAAAAGAACACACUUUAUUUUGAUGUACAGUGAAUUUCCAGCACAGUUGUUUUAUUUUGAAGUGCCAUUUCCUACUGUAGAGUGAGUGACUAUUUAACAGAGACAGCAAACUAGCUCAACAACAUGGCCAAAUGCAAGUAUGACACUGAAUGUAUUAAACUAUGUGGACCUUGAACUAAUGACUAAGGAGCAAUCUGGACCCUGUGGCUGGACCAGUUGGGAACCACUGCUUUAGUGCGCCUGCUCUGAGGGCCAUACUUUGUGGAAACAGUCCUGAUCAACCCAGAUGUAUUAUAACACCU